CGCCGAAGAAGACGAAGACGGAACUUAGCAAAACUUCGGACCGAACAGGCGUCGGAGACAGCAACCCGUGUGAUUUUGGCUCGUGUUUCUUCUGUCGGUCCGAUGUGUCAGGUUGCUGAAGCCUAUAAUGAUGACUUGGAGCAGAAGGAGGUUCCGAGCGUGUCGAAGAAAUGUGUCAAAUGCAAGGAGGCGAUUGCCGUGGUGGCCAUCAGAGCAGGGGACCGAUACUGCAGGGACUGUUUUGAACAGUACUUCCGUCAUAAAUUCAGGGCCAUACUGGGCAAAAACAGAGUGAUUUCCCCUGGAGAAAAGGUACUGCUGGCGGUAUCUGGAGGCCCUUCUUCUUCUUCAAUGCUCAGACAAGUCCAAGAGGCUUUGAGUCCAAAUGCUCACAAGAAGUUGAGAUUCAUUCCAGGCAUCGUCUACAUUGACGACGGCGGUGUUUUCAAUCGCUCUGUGGAGGAGAGACGGCAAACGGUGGCAAAGCUUCAAGAUAUUUUUCAAGCCACGGGAUUCCCCUUCCACGUGGCGCCUCUAGAACAGGUUCUCGAGCUUCCCAGUUCAGUUCUAGCCGCGGCCUGGUCUUCCUCGGCGCAACGAGCGAGUUCCUACACAGCGUGUGCGGAUAACGUCAUUGGCGAUGCUAGCGACAACUGUUUGACAGCAGAGCCGCCGCGUGAACCUUCUUCCCCUUACGUCGACCAAACUCGCUUACUGCAGCAGCUUAUUGACGCUCCCAAGACGCUGACGGCCAAAGAAGAUCUACUCGGCGUGUUGAGACAGCAUCUUUUAGUGCACACAGCUCGUUGCGAAGGCUACACUAAAUUGAUGUUUGGAGACAACUGCACCCGACUGGCGGUCAAACUUAUAAGUAGCAUAUCUUUGGGCAGAGGAGCACAGCUUGCUCAAGAUACAAGUUUCUCAGACUCUCGCUAUGGCAACGUGAUGUCAUUGAAGCCAAUGAGGGACUACUCGGCCAAAGAAAUAGCCUAUUAUAACCACAUCUUCCGUGUCCCUUCAGUUUUCACACCCAACCUGCACACAAAGAGUGGCGAGAAGGCCAGCAUCCAGCGUCUGACUGAGAGCUUUGUCAAUAAACUGCAAGUUGAUUUCCCAUCGACAGUCAGCACGAUAUACAGAACCGGUGAAAAGCUGCAAACAACUUGUAAGAGUUCCUCCUCUGCCGACCCUGGCCCCAGAUGUUUGCUCUGCGCGUGUUCCCUGGAUACUACCAUAGAAAAUGCUUCGGCCUUCCAGUCCACUCGAAUCUCUGAAUGCCUCUCCCAGACCAAAUGUGUCGCUGACGCAGGAUGGACACGCCAAGGAGAACCUUGCCGUCCGUCUGUGGAAGAGAGAGGCUGCUGUUCCGUCGCCAGUCACAGGGUUCCAGACGCAACGGAUAUCAGAGGCCUGCUGUGUUACAGUUGUCGGUUGACCGUCAAAGAGAUGUCUUCGGUGGAUCGUCUACCUCAAUACAUCUUGUCAGAGGCUCAGACGAGGCAAAGGAGGUCUCGUAUGAGAGAGGAAAUCCGAGAUUUCCUGCUGGAGGAUUAGUUGACCGAUUGUCUGGAUCAGGAACGGUGUUUGCUAUCUUCUGUGGUCACGUCCGUCUGCACGCACGCACGCACGCCUUCCUUCUCUUAGUUGGGGAUGUGGCUGUGUUCCACUCAACCAAUGUCAGCGGCCAACUGCCACCAUUGAUGAGCCCCAAAUUAAGUUCAAGGCUUUAUCUUUUUCAUUUCUCCCCCCCAACCUAUCUCCAAUGGACGUCAACACGUUUUUUUAAACAAAAUUCUUUAUUGACAACACAGGCUUUCAACUUACUCGAGAAAAGAAAGUCAAUUUCUGUUCCGGGAAAUCACGAAUGUCUCUUUAUUAUAAAAAACAAACAA